CCCAUCGAAGCUCAAGACUUCUUGAAGUUUGUAAACCAGGCGCCAUCACCUUAUCAUGCUGUUGAGCAGGCUGCCCUUCGUCUGCGCAAGGCUGGUUUCCAGGAGAUUAAGGAAAGGGACAGCUGGGACGGUGUCCUCAAGCGCAAUGGCAAAUACUAUUUCACUCGUAACAAAUCGGCUCUCAUUGCUUUUGCUGUCGGAGGCAAAUACAAACCUGGAAAUGGUUUCUCGGCCAUUGGGGCACAUACAGAUUCGCCUUGCCUGAAGCUCAAACCUGUAUCCAAGAAGGAAAAAGUGGGAUAUCUUCAAGUUGGUGUUCAAACCUAUGGAGGCGGUCUCUGGCAUACUUGGUUUGACCGUGACCUGAGCGUCGCAGGAAACGUCGUCGUUGAGACAGAGGACGGAAAAUUGGAGACCCGCUUGGCUCGCAUUGAUAGACCUAUUCUUCGCAUCCCCACGCUGGCUAUCCACUUGGACCGCUCUACAAGCGCCGAUGGCUUCAAGUUUAAUAAUGAAACCCAUUUGACUCCUAUGAUUGCAACUCCUACCAAGCCCUUGAAGCCUGAUACAGAUAUCAACGGUGAUAUUCCAAUCUCUGAGAAGCACCAACCUAUUCUCCUGCACUUGCUUUCCAAGGAGCUCGGUGUUGCCGUUGACAAGAUUAAGGAUUUUGAGCUCUGCUUAUAUGAUACUCAGCCUUCUGCUAUCGGAGGCGCCUACAAUGAAUUUAUCUUCUCUGCCCGUCUUGACAACUUGAUGAUGUCGUUCUGCUCCAUCGAAGCUUUGAUCAAGAGCUUAAAGUCGGACAAAUCAUUGGCCAACGAUCCCAACAUUCGCCUCGUUUCGCUUUUCGAUAACGAGGAAGUUGGAUCCACCUCUGCCUAUGGCGCGGAUUCCAACAUGCUUCCUAGCACCUUUGAGCGCCUGAGUUCGGUUUCUUAUGAUGGUUCUGCGAAUGCCUACUUGGAGGCUCUGCAUAAGAGUUUUCUGAUCAGUGCAGAUAUGGCCCAUGCUGUCCACCCCAACUAUUCUGAGAAGCACGAGGACGGUCAUCGUCCUCAUAUGCACAAAGGAAUUGUCAUUAAGGUCAACGCCAACCAGCGUUACGCCACUACUGCUCCCACAGCUGUUGUCCUGCGCGAGGCCGCUAAGAAGUGUUCUGUCCCACUUCAGGAGUUUGUUGUCCGCAAUGAUGUUCCAUGUGGUUCUACUAUCGGUCCUAUGCUCUCUGCCAAACUCGGUCUCCGCACUAUUGACGUUGGAAAUCCCCAGUUGAGUAUGCACUCUAUUCGCGAAAUUUGUGGUACUGAGGACGUUACUUUGGCCAUCAAGCUGUUUGAGAGCUUCUUCGAGGAGUUCCCAUCAAUCGAUGCUCGUCUGACUGUCGACUAA